CUGCAUGCCCGUACUCUACAUGCCCGCACUCUACAUGCCCGUACGCUACAUGCCCGUACGCUACAUGCCCGUACGCUACAUGCCCAGGUCCUCAAAUAUCUACAGAUUAAACUGCAGAACCGGGGGGCUUGUUCUUAGAUGUUGGUUUUGCACCUUUGUUAAAUUUAUAUUAAUGUGGGUGCAUUCAUAUACAGUAGUCCCCCGUAUCCCCAGGGGAUACAAUCCAAGACUGCAGAUAAUAGCGAACCUGCCGCAGCCCCCACAUAUAACCUGAUUUUCAUGUUCAUACAUAAGUUCAAAGAUUAAUUGAUAAGUUACACACAGUAAGACAUUACCAACAUUAAAUACAGUGGUAAUAAAGUACAUUGUACAUUAUUAUAUAGCGCUGUACAGUACUGUACUCUCGAAUGAAAGCUUAAUUCUGAAGGACAAUAGAGGGAUGAAAAAAUAUCGUGUCAAGGGACAGCAGAGCUUCAUAUGCACUGCGAUUACGCAGCAACAAAUGCGAGCAUCGAAAACACGAGAGGCAGUCUGGAUGAGAGUUUUGCAGGGAAGUGUGGGAAUGGUGAGAAAGGGAGAAGUCGUGAUGAGCACAUCCUGGCCGAUUUCACCGUGUUACAGCCUGUCCUCGCUUGGCGCGCGGUUUGAAACUUACGAACCAUUUGUUUAUGGAAUUCUCAGUUUUAUUUUCAGAGCGCGGGUAACAGAGAUUGCCCAUACAGGGGUCCCUCUGUAUAUAUGUGUUAAACUGAAACGGAUUGAAUGAGCUUGUCUUUCGUCUCUAAAUGGACCUCCUGCGUCUGCUAUGGCAGCUGCCUCCGGGGACGUCCAGGCCUAUCAGAUCCGCACGGCCCCCACCAACACCAUCGCUCCCGGGGUGGUCAUGGCCACCUCUCCCGCCAUCCCCGCCCAGGGUGGCGCUGAAGAGGCAACUCGCAAGAGGGAAGUGCGUCUCAUGAAGAACAGGGAGGCUGCCCGGGAAUGCCGCAGGAAGAAGAAGGAGUAUGUCAAAUGCCUGGAGAACCGCGUGGCGGUGUUGGAGAACCAGAACAAGACCCUCAUCGAGGAGCUGAAAGCGCUUAAAGACCUGUACUGCCAUAAGUCAGAGUAGUCCUCGUCCCGCCGCUCCAGAGACUUAGCCCCCCCUGGGCAUGAACAUUUGUUUAUUUUCUAUGUUUUUAAAGCUAUGAGCCCCCGAUGCAAGAGGCCAACCAUAGGAAGUAACUGUAACUCUAAGCUCCUUUGUCUCUUUCUGCUUUUGUGGAUCGCAACCUUCAAAGGGGCACCUUGAAUCUCGAGUGAGCACCCGCAGUCGUCGCUGAGCGGGAUAGUGGCUGGCAGCGGUGCAGACGUGCAGAGCUUUUCCCUGGGGAGGAGUCUGUACCCCUGCGCUCCCCCAUGUACAGUUGGCUGGUGCGUGUACUCAGGCAGACUGUCAGAGCGGGACACCACAGCGGCCCCCGGGGAAGGACAGCCGUACUUCUGUCUGCUGGCUGUGUGUCAGAGCCGGCCGCUCGGACGCUGUUGUUGGGAAGGUGUUCUGCAGAUUGCUACAGAUAUUUGUACUGAAAUUUCGGCCUGUUUCCCAUUUUACCAUUUAAGUAUUUUUUUAAAUAGCUGGUAAGCAUGCAGAUCAAAAACAAAGUUACGAUAAUGACAGCAGUUGGGGCUUGUAGGUAUCUGAAUACUGGCAUUUUGUCCCAAUCAGGUUAAACCUAGUCGCAGGGCCCCAUGAAGACUGACAAGGACAGUCAGGAAGAGCAUGAGGAAUCUGCUUAUAGUCUAUUUCUAUGCCUGCUCCUUCUUCAGUCUGGCACAUUCGUCGCAGGAUGUUGCCCAGGUUCUGUCAAUCAAACCGUAGCAUUACAAGCCAGAAAGGAACCUCACAUGGGAUCGAUAGACUCAGUGCCCCAUCCCCCCCGCCCCCCUGCCCGUGGCUUUGUGAAUCCAUAGAAUCCACAGCAGACGCCCAGGAGGUGCCGACCUGAGGUCUGUAAACUGGUUUCCUGUACCAGAAUCAGCAAUGCCCACAAAUCAUCGCUCAUCUCAGAUAAUUCUUAUUGAAAACGUGCCCCCGUAGAAGAAGAAAAAAUCGACCGUUUUGAUCUUCAUGGUUUCUUCAUUGAGUGAUGUUAAAGUAUAAAUUGCCUUUGUUUUCUGGCCUGAAGCAUUUCUGUGCAUCUCCAAUGUGCAGUGUGGGGGCUUUUGGGGGGGGGGGCAGGAUACAUUGUGUUCAUUCAUGAGUGCUGUAUUUUAUCAUUCAUUUUUAUUGUGAUAUGAUUACAUAGAGCUGAGGUUCCCAGUUCAUAUUUUUCCACAGUAGUGUAUUUUUGUAUUUUUUUUUAGUAUUUGUUUAUUUUGUAUGUCUAGGUCAUAACCCGUACAUAUUUUAAUUUACUUGAUAUAACUAAAAUGUGUUCAGAGUUGGGCAGCAUGGUGGAUAGCACUGUCACAGCACUGUCACAGCACACUUCUAAGAAUGCGGGUUCAGUUUUAUGUCUGUUACAUGAUUAAAACAUCCAUGCAUCCAGCUACUCCUGAUGAAGAUCA